AGGAGCUCACGAUUGGCUGGAGGUUGCGGGGUGCGGUCCGGCAUCGUCACGCAACCGCUAUAUCCUCCUUUUCGAAUAUUACCGCGACGAUAGCUGUUCCUCGUGACAGUGUUCAACAGACAGCAACCAUACCACCACGUUGUAAUCACAUACAGAACCGCCACGACUUCUGUUUUCCUCGUCGCGAAUAACGAUCCGUCGUUCGCGUUCUCCACAACGAUUACUUUAUCAUAUUUGAUCGUUUAACCAGUGUUCCUUAAGUUUUCUUCUUUUAAGUAAACUUGUUUAUUAAUUAAAAAAAAAAGUAAAACGAGACUCGCGCCACCAUGGCCGACGAACUUCCCCCUGAACAAAUUGCUGUACUUCGCAAAGCGUUUGACAGCUUCGACAGGGAGAAGAGUGGUAGCAUUCCCACUGAUAUGGUAGCCGACAUUCUCAGAUUGAUGGGUCAACCUUUUAACAAAAAGAUUCUAGAUGAAUUAAUCGAGGAAGUUGAUGCAGAUAAAUCCGGUCGCCUUGAGUUCGAGGAGUUCGUCACGUUGGCCGCAAAAUUCAUUGUUGAAGAAGAUGCUGAAGCCCUAGAAAAAGAACUUCGAGAAGCUUUUAGGCUCUACGACAAAGAAGGAAAUGGUUACAUCCCAACUACGUGCUUGCGCGAGAUCCUUAGAGAAUUGGAUGAUCAAUUGACAGAUGAAGAACUAGAUAUCAUGAUCGAGGAGAUCGACUCUGACGGAUCUGGCACCGUUGAUUUCGAUGAAUUUAUGGAGAUGAUGACUGGAGAAUAAAUAUCCUGACAUGUUGAUGGUUCAUUAAUAUGACUCAAAGACAAUACAAGUGCGACGGUCACGUUCUACUUUUAAACUAAUUCUCUGCGUGUCUUUUAAAGAAAAACCAAAAAAGCUGCAAUGCAAACAAGAAUGGUGUCUAAAAACGUGUGAAGAUUGUCUUCCAAUGUCAUGCGUUCUCGUCUGUUCAAGCUCAUCGAAUCUCUGGACAACUUAAAAUACAUAUGGCUUCAGUGUUACGGGAAUGGUCUUGUCUGCAUAUUUUUCUCCUAUUGCAAUAAGUGUCGUAACUUAAUUGUUUCGUACACAUAAUCGUGAAUAUUAUUAUUGUUGCAAAAGUAACGAAUCACGGGUUUCAAUACAUUUUCAUCGCGUCUACUAAGUUUUUCAUGGACAGUAUUUAUUUGUUGUUAAU